AUGGGCUCAACUCAAACUUCCUCAAAUGACACUGUCAUCGUGUUCACCACUCCAAGUCUUCACAAUGUCAAUAUGACGAAUGUUACGAAGCUCACGGCCUCCAACUUCCUCAUGUGGAGCCGUCAAGUGCACGCCUUGCUCGACGGCUACGACCUAGCCGGCUAUGUCGACGGAUCCAUGGAGAUCCCACCGUCGACACUCACUGCCAACGAUGUCACCACGGUGAAUCCAGCGUACACACUCUGGAAGCGACAAGAUAAACUAAUCUACAGUGCUUUACUCGGCGCAAUCAUGGUGUCUAUUCAGCCAAUUCUCUCCACCACCACGACAUCCGCUCAGAUCUGGGAUACGCUCUCCGCUACCUACGCAAAACCGAGUCGGGGACAUGUCAAACAGCUCAAGCAGCAGGUGAAGCAGUGGACUAAAGGAAAGAUGUCCAUCGAUGCCUAUGUCCAAGGCUUUACCACCCGUUUUGAUCAAUUGGCACUUCUAGGGAAGGCAAUAGAUCGUGAAGAUCAGAUCGAGUACGUCCUCGAAGGCUUACCAGAGGAGUACAAACAAGUGGUAGAUCAGAUUGAAGGUCGUGAGGUGACCCCUUCCUUGACUGAAGUUCAUGAGAAACUAAUUAACUUUGAGGUUAAGCUUCAGUCAAAGACACCUCCAGCUGCAAACCUUCCCAUCACGGCUAACGCUGUUGAUUUUCGUGGUCCUAACAACAACAAUAGUCACGGCAACCGCUCCAACCCUCGCAAUAACUAUCAAGGUCAGCAACGCAACAACAACAACAACCGCAACUCUCAGACAUGGCAGCAACAACAGUUUUCAAAUCGCAGUGAUCAAAACACCCAACGCGGAUAUCAAGGUCGCUGCCAAAUUUGUGGUGUUCAUGGCCACAGUGCAAGGAGAUGCCCUCAGCUUCCCCUCCCUGGCUCAUACAACAACAAUUCACGCCCUGUCUCUAUGCCGACAUCCUCAUGGCAACCUCGUGCCAACAUGGCCGUCGCACAACCAUACAAUCCAAACAAUUGGGUUAUCGACAGCGGAGCUACCCAUCACCUCACCACCGACUUGAACAACCUUGCUCUCCAUCAGCCCUAUACUGGUGGCGAGGAAGUCACCAUUGCCGACGGCUCUGCGCUCUCGAUCUCGCAUACUGAUGUUUGGACCUCUCCGGUUCUAUCUGUGGAUAAUUUCAAGUAUUACCUCAUUUUCGUUGAUCACUUCACGAGGUAUACAUGGUUUUAUCCUCUGCGCUUCAAGUCUCAAGUGAAGGAAACCUUUGUGGCCUUCAAAGCACUAGUCGAGAAACGGUUCCAAUGCACAAUCUGCAACUUGUACUCGGAUAACGGGGGCGAGUUCAUUGCACUACGGUCAUUCCUCACCUCCCAUGGCGCCUCUCAUCUCACCUCACUGCCUCACACUCCGGAGCAUAACGGUGUCGCCGAAAGGAAACACCGCCAUAUCGUGGAAACGGGCUUAACUCUUCUCCAUCAAGCCUCUAUUCCGACGACGUACUGGACGUAUGCCUUCUCCACAGCCGUUUAUCUCAUUAACCGGUUACCAACACCUGUCAUUGCUCACCAAUCACCAUAUGAGAAGCUAUUCCAACAAUCGCCAAACUAUACCAAGCUGCGUGUGUUUGGGUCAUUGUGCUUUCCAUGGUUGAGACCCUACACCACCAACAAAUUGGAGAGUCGCUCUUCUCCGUGCACGUUUCUUGGCUACUCCUUGUCACAAAGCGCAUAUCUCUGUCUUGAUGCCUCCACCGGACGGAUCUAUACUUCCCGACAUGUUCAAUUUGUCGAAUCCGAGUUUCCAUUGUCACUGACUUGA